GCCAACAGGGAACAUCUCAACACUUACACCAACAAGAUUAUGACUCCAAAAAAACAAAAUUGUCAACACAAAAAUCUGUUGAAACACCGUCAAAAAGAAAAUUAAUGUCUCGACGACAAUCAAAUAAAGAAAAUAAUAAUAUUGUAGCUAUGGAGAAUAAUUACAACAACAAUAAUGUUGGCAGGUGGAAACGUUCCAAUAGUGGUGGAGGGGAAAAGCCACCAAAAGUGACGACAAUGGAGAGAAUUGAAAAACUAAAAGAACGUUUCCAACAAGAAUCUACAGAAGAUGAAAUGGACAGCAACAUCCCCGAUGAAUCUUCAGAUCGUUGCUGUAUUUGUUUGACGCAAAGGGCUACUGUUCGAACUUACCCUUGUGGGCACCAAGUCUUUUGUCGUCUUUGUGCCAUUACUUUGAUACAGACACUCUACAAAAGCGGAAGUGAAGAAAUGCGUUGUAUUAUUUGCCGGGUUAACAUUAUUGCAUUGCGACAUCAAGAUUUUAAAAGGGUUAAUCCCCCAACAGUUAAUCAAACACACAACGAGGCUACACAUUGGAGAUGUUCGUACAACAGGAAGAGAUUAUACAACGAUUAA